AUGUCUCAAGUAAAGCCCUUCGCCGGCAAGGUCAUCGCGCUCACCGGAGCAGCAUCGGGAAUAGGCCUAGCUACCACGAUACUGCUCUACAACCGUGGCGCUUCCAUCGCCGCCGGCGACAUCAACGCAGCCGGCUUGAAGGAGCUGGAAACCACCCUCGCCAAAAUCCCAAUCGAGCCCGGCUCCGAGCAAAGACUCACAACCACAGUCGUAGACGUGACCUCCUCUACUCAAGUCGAGACCUGGAUCUCCUCCACCGUCAACGACUUCGGACAAAUCAACGGCGCCGCCAACAUCGCCGGAGUAGCCGAGUAUCCCGUCCCACUCGGACAGAAAACCGACGCCGACUUCGACACCGUCAUCGACACCCACCUGCGCGGUGUCUACAAUUGUCUGCGCGCCCAGCUUCGACACAUGAGCAACAAGAAUGGCGGCCGUGGGGGUUCAAUCGUGAACAUGAGUUCCAUCGCUGGGCUAGCCCCCGAACCCGGCGUUGGGCUGUAUAGUGCGGCGAAGGGCGGCAUCAAUUCCCUCGGCGCGACGGCGGCGAAGGAGUAUGGCGCGGCGGGCGUGCGCGUCAACACGAUCUGUCCUGGUGCGGUGGCUACGCCAUUGACCGCCCAAGCGGUCGAGCAUAUGAGACUGUUGGUUGCUCGAACUCCAUUGGGGCGAUUGAGUGAGGCCGAGGAAGUUGCGAAGGUUGUCGCGUUCCUGUUGAGUGAUGAGGCGAGCUAUGUUAGCGGAGCGGUGCUGAGGGUGGACGGAGGGAUGUUGGCGAGUGGACAUUGA